AUGGGUGAUAAUUCAGGAAAGCACAUACACUUUCAAGACGGCGAUUAUGGCUCUGAUGGAUAUUCGGACGAUGAUGCCAAAGCAGUGGAGGUCGUAUUCGACCCAGGAAAUCCAUAUCGUCGCAAGAGCUCCAUGGUAGCCUCGGAGAUUAAAGCCCCUGUGAUGCGCCACCCUACUCGUCGCGACGAGUGCCUCGUUCACCAAUUCCUUGAUAGCCAACGACGCGCCAAAGACGCUGCCUGCUCAGCGAGCGAUCUCGACUCGGAAACCUCAAUGGGAAAUGGCUCCUCGUACGUGAGCAGUCGCCCAGAUCCCAGUCACGCCAAUCUUCACAAGACUCUCAAUGGCGACAGUGUUGAAGCCGUUCGCGACGAGGGCCUUGACUCGAUCGUCGACCCGAAGGUUAAGAAGUGUCGUGCUGUCGUAGAGCCCGGUAGUAUGGAUCACUCUGGUCAAGCUGAUCAGCAGGCCUGGACUCAGCAGAUGACCAAGAGCAUGUCUGAGUUUGACCUGGGAGGUUACCAAGAAGAUGUGCGAAGUCGUCUGCUCACAAAGCAGCAGCUCAGCGACAUGGCAUGGGGUGUGAGAGAACUAAGCCGCCGGCUAAGCAGCAUGCGCCUUCGAUUCAAGGUCAAGAGCAUCUUCAUCCUGACAAAGAUUUAUGACCAAGACUUGAUUCCUAAGACACGAGAACUGGUGAAAUGGCUACUAAAUCAUAACCACGAGGUCGCCUACACGGUCUACGUUCAAGACAAGCUCAAGACGAACAAGAAGUUUGACGUCAGCGGAAUUGUUGACGAGGUAAGCAAGGGAUACGUCCAAAAGGACGGCGCAGACGAGCAAACGGUAAAAGGCACACUCAACAAAAGGUUGCGGUACUGGGAUGAGAACAUGUGUCGAGCACGGCCCCAUACCUUUGACUUUGUAAUCUCACUUGGUGGUGAUGGUACAGUACUAUACGCCAGCUGGCUGUUCCAGCGCAUUGUGCCACCUGUGCUGAGCUUUGCACUGGGAAGCCUGGGUUUCCUGACCAAGUUCGAUUUUGAGGAAUACCAAGAAACACUCACAACUGCGUUCACCAAGGGCGUCACCGUGAGUUUGAGGCUACGCUUCGAAGGCACCGUUAUGAGGAGUCAACCGCGCAAGAAAUCACAGCUUGAUAAGGGUUCCGAUGAGGACGAGGAACAGCCACGAGAUUUGGUAGAGGAGCUGAUUGGCGAGGAGAGGGAAGACGAGCAUACACAUCGACCGGAUGGGACGUUUGAGAUUCUGAAUGAGGUCGUGGUGGAUCGAGGACCAAAUCCAAGUAAGAACCCCAGAAUCGACGUUGCCCCUGCAGGAGAUGUUCUAACGUUUGUCAUAGCCUUGUCAACUACCGAGAUUUUUGGAGACGACGAACAUUUUACCUCGGUGUUGGCUGACGGCAUCUGUGUGUCAACACCAACUGGUUCAACGGCUUACAACCUCGCUGCUGGUGGUUCUCUGUGUCACCCAGAAAAUCCCGUGAUGCUGGUGACGUCCAUCUGUGCGCACACACUAUCCUUCCGACCCAUCAUUCUACCCGACACGAUCGUGCUGCGAGUUGGUGUUCCGUACGGAGCGCGGACAUCUUCAUGGGCAAGCUUCGACGGCCGAGAGCGUGUAGAGCUCCAACCAGGAGAUUACGUGACCAUCAGUGCGAGUAGAUUCCCGUUUGCUUCAGUACAGGCUGAGGGACGGAGGAGUGAGGAUUGGGUUAAUAGUAUUAGUGGGAAACUCGGCUGGAAUACGCGACAGAAGCAGAAGAGUUAUAAAGAGUGGGAGAAAUGA